AUGAGGCUGGUUCAUCAAAGGGCCGCCAAAUAUUAUGUACGUGUUUCACAAGCCUGUCGGCAGAACUGGUACGCAGCCGUUCAACGAGCUCAAACUGUCACAUUCAUGAGUCGCGUACGGAAAUUUGUUGUCACCACCAUAGCCAUGAAACACAUCAGUUAUGUUUCUACACGUGUCUCUGGGGUACCGAGGCAUCGUCGCCUCAAAUCACAGAGUACGACCAAUCAGCCCACCUCAUGGCAAAAAGAUGCACCUGUGGAUCAACCCAACGUGCUCAUCGAGGACCCCUUCACCCGGUCGACUUUAUUCACUCUCGACUUUUUCAAGCGCCUGGCAAAAUUUUCUUUCAUAGGUGUUGUUACACUUGGCAUCACCGGCUGCACAGUAUUCGAGGGCAUACACAUGUGGGUGGAGAACGUCGCACUCGCAUGUGAUCAAGAUACCGAGGUGCGCAGGUGGGAGUGGGAUCACGAGGCUGAGAAGUGGUCAGGCGGAGAAAAAGGUGGGACAGACCCGGCACUUGGGUUCAAGGGGAGGCAUGCUGUUCGCAGUGCAUGGAUUGCCGAGAACUGGGGAACGGGCUCAGGAGCGAUCAUCAUCGGCUCGAACGCAUCUUCGGGACGAGGCUCUCAGGGUACAGGUAGUCUCAAUGUCAUAGAGGCUCGCCUAGAGGUCGCCCAAAAGUUUAUGGCUCUUGCCAUCAGCAUUGCUGAAAGCAAAAUGCCGUCUGGGGAGUUGCGCCCACAAACUCUGGGCGAGCUACUCGCCCGCCACGCUUCUAUUCUCGAGCGUAUGGGGACGAGGGAUGCACUUUUACAGGCCCGGUCCCGAUAUGAGCGAGUGUGGGCUGGACUGCCCGCCAGGGAUAUGGAUGCUGCACGAGUUGCAUUAAAGCUCGGAGACCUUGACUAUCGUCUCGGGUAUUUCGAGGAUGCGCUUGCAUGGUGGGCGCGAACCAUCACCCUCACUCAGGGUACUCAGCAAGUAGAUCCUUCCGCUCCACAAUUAACACAGACUAUCCCUUCAUCUCCGUGUGCGCAGCGCACGCUUGCCUCCACGUUGGUAUCACUUUCUGCUUACUACUCCACCUCUGGUCACCUCAAGCAAGCUCAGCAUGUACAGGAGUCCGGACUUGAUUUCUUACGCUCCAUUCCAUCUCCCUCCAGAAUUUCAGCAGCAUAUCCGCCACAGGCAUUGCAUUCACUAUUUCUCCUUCACCGAUCAUCUCUGCUUUCCAUUCAUCUCGCGGAAGUUCUCUACGCCCUCCGCGCAGCACCUGAACAGUCUAUACAAUGGCUCGCGCGCGCUGCAGAAUCAUCCGAACGAGUUGCUCUAGCCCUUGCAGGUCUCCCAUUCGCCCAUCCUGAUGCACCAGGCUCAGCAAUUCCCCAUCCGCCCGCCUCGGAAGCAUCACUUGUUCCUGUGUAUCUAAAAUCGAAUGCAAUGCGAAAACCAGCAAAAGGUCUCCUCCGCGAUGCUCGCCGGACGGCUGCCGAAGCCUGGAAUCUCAUGGGUAUACUGAGAGAGGACGAAAAAGAUGGUGGCGCGGAGCGCGCGCUUGAGUGUUACGAACGCGCUCUGGGGUGGGCAGGUGUCGCAGCAGAUCGUUCUGGCGGCAUCGGUGAACCUGGGGAAGGUACACCAGAAGCAGAAUGGAAGAUACUUUGGAAAAACUAUGUUCGUGUCCGCGAGGUGACACGGAAAAACAACAGAACCCUAGAUUGAAUUCGUCAUUGAUAUUCGCUGUUCAUUGCUGAUUUGUCGGAUAUUUCUUUCGCAUCUCUUAUCUACAUUACAGCAUUCUCAUACAGAACCAAUCAGGAUAUGUCAUUGACCCAGUGACGUUCUUAUUAUUGGGUAGCGGCGGGUGGGCGGUCGGACCAGUUCAUCUUGAGCUCAUGCGCUGAUUCCUGAGUUAUGUAAAGCAACCCGGCAUACAAUCAUCAU